CAGGCCGGUGAUUUUCCAUUGCCGAUGCCUCUUGUCGUUUUUCAAAGGUCAGAGAGAAGCUUAUAAAUAGGGUAAAAUAUAGGCUACCGACGCGUCCAACCCUCACUCGCUCUCACAGACACAGGAGGACACGGACAAGACAUCGCGCUCAGAGGACAUUAAAAGGACAAAAUAUCACACAAGAUCACAUCCACGCAGCAGAAUGGCUCAAAAAGAGAAACUUCAGUGCCUGAAGGACUUCCAUAAGGACACUCUGAAGCCAUCUCCUGGUAAGAGCCCCGGCACCCGGCCUGAAGAUGAGGCAGAGGGUAAACACCCCCAGCGGGAGAAGUGGGCCAGCAAGUUGGACUUUGUUCUGUCAGUGGCUGGCGGCUUUGUUGGUUUAGGGAAUGUCUGGCGUUUCCCGUAUCUCUGCUAUAAGAAUGGUGGAGGUGCGUUUCUCAUCCCCUACUUCAUUUUCCUGUUUGGUGGAGGUCUGCCAGUCUUCUUCCUGGAGGUCUCUCUUGGUCAGUUCACCUCCGAGGGCGGCAUCACCUGCUGGGAGAAGCUCUGCCCCAUCUUCACUGGUAUUGGUUAUGCCUCCAUUGUGAUCGUGUCUUUGCUGAAUAUCUACUACAUCGUCAUCCUGGCCUGGGGCCUGUACUACUUGUUCCAGUGUUUCCAGCCAGAGCUGCCCUGGGCCAAGUGCAAUCAGCCCUGGAACACUGAUCGCUGCAUCGAAGACACCUACCGCAAGAACAAAACCUUUUUGUUGGCUGCCAAUAUCUCCAACUUCACCUCCCCUGUCACCGAGUUCUGGGAACAUAAUGUACUGGGUAUCACCAGUGGUAUAGAGGAAAUCGGUCCCAUUAAAUGGGACCUGGCACUGUGUUUACUGCUCGUCUGGGUCAUCUGUUUCUUCUGCAUCUGGAAGGGGGUCAAAUCCACUGGAAAGGUCGUCUACAUCACAGCCACGUUCCCAUUUAUCAUGCUCAUCGUGCUGUUGAUUCGUGGUGUGACACUGCCAGGUGCUUCAGAGGGAAUCAAGUUCUACUUGUACCCCGACCUCGCUCGCCUGAAGGACCCAGAGGUGUGGAUUGAUGCCGGCACCCAGAUCUUCUUUUCCUAUGCCAUCUGUUUGGGCGCCAUGACGUCCUUGGGGAGUUACAACAAGUACAAAUAUAACUGCUACAGGGACUGUUUGCUGCUGGGAGCCCUCAACAGUGGUACCAGUUUUGUGUCUGGCUUCGCAAUAUUUUCCGUCCUGGGCUUCAUGGCACAAGAGCAAGGGGUGGACAUUGCUGAUGUGGCAGAGUCAGGUCCAGGCCUGGCGUUCAUUGCCUACCCCAAGGCCGUAACCAUGAUGCCUUUUCCGACAGUCUGGGCAAUCCUCUUCUUCAUUAUGCUGCUGCUGCUUGGCCUCGACAGUCAGUUUGUGGAGGUGGAAGGGCAGAUCACAUCACUGGUGGAUCUGUAUCCGUCCUUCCUAAGGAAGGGUUACCGCAGAGAGGUCUUCAUCGCUAUCAUCUGCUGCAUCAGCUACCUGCUUGGACUCACCAUGGUUACCAAGGGUGGCAUGUAUGUUUUCCAGCUGUUUGACUUCUAUGCAGCUAGCGGUGUGUGCCUUCUGUGGGUGGCAUUCUUUGAAUGUAUAGCUGUUGCCUGGGUUUAUGGCGUUGAUAAUUUCUACGAUGCAAUCGAGGACAUGAUUGGCUACAGACCAAAUCCUUGGAUGAAAUGGAGCUGGAGUGUUAUCACUCCUUUACUGUGCAUGGGAUGCUUUAUCUUCACGUUGGUCAAAUACAAGCCACUGACGUACAACAAGGUGUACCAGUAUCCUGAGUGGGCCAUUGGAAUAGGCUGGACUCUGGCCUUGGCCUCCAUGAUCUGCAUCCCGAUGGUGGUGGUCAUCAAGAUCAUCCGCUCUGAUGGGCCUCUCAUUGAGAGGAUUAAGGCCGUGGCUGCCCCGGUUCGCGGCGGGGCCAGCUCCCGUCCCGCAGAUCACCGUGGCCCUAAGGAGCUCUCCUACCCACUGGACCCCAACGGGAACAAGGGCCUCCUGAUGAAGGCCCCCACCCACACCAUCGUAGAAACCAUGAUGUAAAGGAAUGAGGCGGAGGCUCUCCAUGAGAUCGCUCUCCUCCCCUCUCCUGUCCUCUAAAAUGCUUCUAAAGCUAGCUAGCUCUCUGUCUGUCUUUGUCUUUCUGGUGGACUAAUAAGGGUUUUCAAGGAGAAAAAAAAAACAAGUUCACGUUUCAAAUCUUUUAGGAACACUCUGCAAGUAGUUUGCCAUUGGUGGUUUUCUGAAGAGGGUAGCCAUCACAUUUCAAAUCUAUUUCUGAAGUACUCACAAGCUACUUUUCCCCUGUUAGUAGUUUCCAUGUGACUACGCGUCCCGCUGUGAUCUUGUCUGAAGGCAAAUUAACACCAGCCUCUGGGGACACAUUGGUUGAUUUUGGUUUGUUCCACCAGGUGCUCUUGCACAUAAUCAGCCAUUGUUCGAAGAAAGGAAGAAAGUAGUUAUUGAGUCUGGAAUCAAAUAGCCUUUUGUAGCCACACUAUAUAUAAUAAAAAUGUUUCCUGCAUUGAUCGUGGAUCACAAAAAAUGUUUAAAAAAGACCUUUUUGGGGGGGAAUAUUAAUUCCCUUUGAGACUAUGAACAGGGUGCACUUAUCUUCGGACAUGUGCCAUAGGGUUCAGCUGUGGCUCCUUCUGUCCCACUGUGCUCAGAAAAGGCCCUCCUGAGAUGAAGCGAACGACUCAGGCACUACAGGUAUUAUUAGCUCGUUAUGCACGUGCCCCCUUCUAUCCUUGGAAAUUAAAUGUUAUUGAAGCUGCACUUGGUAAGAUUUUCCAGUGAAAUGCAAAUAAUUUUGUGGCUUUCACAGGAAACGCGUCUUAACUGUGCAAAUUUUAAAACGCGUAAACAGAUUGUUCUGAUGCAGCAUUACACAAAAUUCCCGGUGCAGCUAAAAAAAUAAAAAAUAAAACUAGAACAUUUACACAGCCGUGAUAGCUGAUGGGCCUAAUCAAACCAGGGUCCUGGUUUUUGAAUGCACCUUAGCACAACUACUCCCAUAUUCCAUAGUCAUAAACUAUGGGUCAAAGAGAAAUCUAGCACUGAGACUGUGUUGGGGAAACCCGAUUGUGCACAAAGAGAGAGGUAUCUGAAAGGAUUUGAAGUGUGGAGGUUGAACCCUUGAGUGUGUUGUCUGUGACGUACUGUACAGUAGUAGCUAAUCAGUCUAUCUAUAUCUCUUUAUCUAUCUUUCUCUGUCCUAGACCAGUUUACAGUACAUUAGUGACUGCACUAGGCACUCUUGGCUUAAAAUUUUGGAUUGGAUUUGUUUUGUUUUCUACAGAGGAUUAUACAUUAUUAUUCGUUUUUUUUUCCUCUGUCGAUGUUUAGAUUUUUUUUUUUAUUAUUGAUGUUAUUGGUAUUCACUAUUGAAUUGCUGUAGUUUUACAUAGAAGAAGGAACACUUAUUUCAUCUGGUGAAAAUACUAAGCUAUUAUAUAAAUCGUACAUUUACAGUGGCAGCCAUUGUAGUAUAGUCCUCAUUAUGCAUCUUCUUCUUCGGCCUUGGUCCUGCCGAUGGUUCAGUCUUCAGUUGAACACAGAAAAACAAUGGAACAGAUUUUCCCUGACGUUUUCUCUUGUGGGGGGUUUGGGUCAAUUGUUAGCGAGCCGUGUAAUGUCCAGCAAAAAAAAAAGAAAAAAAGAAAAUGGAAAUUCUACAAUGGCUCCAUUUGUAAGAUUGUAGGUGUUGGGGGAGUUUAUAGCUUUUCCUCUUCUGUAAAUACCAGAAGUCAGUAUUUAAUUUGGAUGAAUUCAGCCAGGCAGGGCGCCGCAACCAGUGGUUAAACGACGUUUCACUAAUUCAAAGACUAAAAAGUGACCACCGUGUCAGCCAGUGUCGGACUCGUCAGAGUUGUCUGGCUGAGGUGGUAGCGGGCUGCAGACAGACCAGUCACUGAUUGACUAUUGGGUUUGGUCGUUGACACAGUCACAUGUCCCUUCACGGAAGAAGGCAGUGAAGUCAGAUGUGGGCUUAAUAACCCUCACUGUCACUGGAAGUUCAAACUAUUGCCAGCCAAAAUCCAAAAUGAAGAGAGAACAGUAAUAAUAAUACUGUAGGUACAGUUUAAAUCCUUUACUUGAAAACAUAUUAACUGCCCUUUCUCUUAAAUUGCUUGUUUUUGAUCCCGUAUACCGUGCUGCCGACUUUAAAAUGCUGUCAUUACUUUGAGAGGUUGACAUGGUUUCUGUAACGUAACCGCUGACACCCAAACUCUGUUAAUCAUUGAGAAGUGCCCUCUGUCUCCGGAUCAUCAUCAUUGCAACAAAACUAGAAUGACAUUCAUCACAAUAACAUGGGGCCAUAGCAAUGUUGAUGUGAACUGUUAACAAUCAAGAGCAGACCACAUGAGAUGUGACAUUCAUUUUAAUGUAUAUGUGUGUGUGUGUAUAACAAGGGGUCUCCCAUGUGUGUGUCACCAGCGUCCAUCCGCUCAGGACUGUAGUGCUUUUGUCUACUGUAAAGCUGCAUUAACCCAGCGUCCAAAAAAACAAACAAAAAAAACAACUAAAUUUUUUUUGACUUUUAACUGUGGGUGAAAAAGAGCUCCACGAUGGUAGCAAUCAACAAUCAUCCAGCUUGAAAGGCCAUUAGAUCAGUUUUAGAAUGGGAAAAAAAAGAAGAAACAACACACACCUGAACUGCCUAUUUUAUCCAGAAUCGAAGGCAAAAAUGCAGAUGGAGUGAGUCGAACUGAGUUUUUAUUGCACCUUACUUGUAUAAUUUGGAUUUCAUAUCAAAUGAUGAGGCCAAAAAUAACCAAAACACUGCCAUCUUUUUAUUCAGGGUUUGUUCUCAGUGGAAAAAAAAAAAAAGACUAACAGUGGACAUAUUAAAAAUAGAAGAACACCAUUCAUGCACACAGUUGAACAGUACACAUGCAUGGCAGCAGUUUGACCAACAACUUCACAUCAGAAGUGAGACCAGGGCCUCUUUCAUGUUUCAUCUAAGCGUUGAUAUUUUUUAUUUUAAAAUUUUAUUUCUUUGAAUAGAUUAAAGUAGUUGAUAUCAUUAAAAGGGAUUUGAUAAACCAAAUCCGCAGCAGACAUCUAUUUUCAUACAACUUUUCCUAUAUAAGUCGUCUUUGUACAGCUACGCUCCCAUUGCAGACCUCCCAUUUUAAUACAGAUACAAAGCUUCAUUUUAAUCGUAAAACUUUUGUACAGAUCUGGUUCUUGGUUCUUCUGAAGGAUCUUUGCACUUAGGUUUAAGAAGCAAAAAAGCAAACUCUUUUCACAUCCCGUGAGAGUGAGAAGCAUUCUUGAAAAAAAUUGAAAGUUGCUGGGCUGUUAAACAAAUUGGUCACGUUUUAAAUUGAAUGAAAGCUGAAAAUGGAAUGCGACGUUGCAAAGAUUUAAAAGUGGACGCAAAGGACAGAGUCCUAGUGCAACGAUCCUUCUUUUGGAAGACAAGUGUGGACCAGAAACGAUAACUAAUGCAGUCAUUUAUUGUGUUAUUCUGCCUCUUUGUGUAUAUUUACAGUAUGUACCAGCCCCUCUGCCUUCUUACACUCCCUGUCAGUUAGCCUAUGUAAACCUUCCGUUGACCGAAGCUAACCGAUAAUUAUUAUUAUCUUUUUUUUUUCUUUUUUUCUUUUUUUUUUUCUCUGAGAUACUGAAUUCGCAAGAAAAUCUAAGCAGUAACGAUGCACAAGUUUUUACCGCCGAAUGUUUGAAAUGUGAAAGUCACCUGCGGGGUGAACGCAAAAGUUUCUGAAGAUUUAUUUUUUAGAAAAAUUAAAAAAUAAUUUCUUUUUAUUGAUCUUGUUUUGUUGAAUUCUGCAGUUCUCUUGUUUUGUUUUUAUUCCGUUUUCCAAUUUGUGUUUCCAUCACAUUUGCCUUUUGUAUUCCAAAAAUAGUGUAUUUGAAACCUCUGUCAUUGGAGUAACAUGUACAACUAUCAAUCAAAAGAAGAAAACAAAAAGAUGCAGACACACACACACAAAAAAAAGCUAUGAUUUGUUAUGUGCAAUACUUUGUAGAAAGCUUUUAUUUUUCAUUCUGUUUUUGUUUUUUAGUUGUUUUUUUUUUUUCUUUCCAAUAGGUGGUACUAACCUUUGAAGAACACAGAUUCUUCUUCAGGGUCCAGUUAAAUUAGAACCCACCACAAAAUGCUUUGCAAUGUGGAAACUAAACCAAACAAAACCACUAUUACAUCAAAGAUCAUGUGGUUUGAAAUGCACUGAAAAUAAAAUGACUAUUACACAUUGUCACAUCAAACUGAA